AUGUUUCAUUUUUUUUUGCUCAUCAAAAUUGUUUCAUUUUUAGCUAAUUUUUCUUUGGAUUAUGUGACGUUCCAAUAUCUUUGCUUUAAUCAUGAAACAAUUCAGUUAGAAGCAAUAUCGAGAACAAUCGACCUUAUAAUGCCCAUGACUAUGGUCGAUUUUCACGAGAACAAGAAUUUUAAUCUUAAAUUUCGCUAA